AUGUCUUCACAAAAAACGGUCUUCGUAUCCGGGGCCACUGGUUUUAUUGCCCUCCAUAUUGUCAAUGAUUUAUUAAAUGCAGGCUACAGAGUAAUUGGUUCUGCAAGAUCCCAAGAAAAAUGUGGCAAAUUGUUGGAAAAGUUUGGGAACAAUCCAUCGUUGUCAAUGGAAGUGGUUAAGGACAUUUCAGAUUUGAACGCCUUCGACGAAGUCUUCAAAAAACAUGCAAAAGAUAUCACGAUUGUUUUACAUACUGCCUCUCCCUUCCGUUUUGAUACUACGGAAUAUGAGAAGGAUCUUAUAAUUCCUGCAGUUAAUGGAACUAAGUCUAUUUUUAAUGCCAUCAAGAAGUAUGGUGCCCAAACGGUGGAGAGAGUGGUAGUAACGUCUUCCGGUGCAGCUCAAAUCCAGCCUGCGUACUGCAAUAGAGACGGACUUAUCGUGGAUGAAAGUACUUGGAACGAUUGUGCAUGGGCAAAUUGUACCACUGACGCAGUCACUGCCUACUGUGCAUCAAAGACCUUUGCUGAAAGGGUGGCCUGGGAUUUUUUGAGGGAGAAUAAAGGUCAAGUAAAAUUCAAAUUAUCCACUGUUAUGCCUGUCAACGUAUUUGGUCCCCAAAUGUUUCCUGAGCCUUCUAAAACGACUUUGAACACAUCUUCUGAGAUUAUAAAUAAAUUGGUUCAUACUAAUAAAGAUACAGAAUGGGACCAAUUUAAUGGUGGGUACAUUGACGUUCGUGAUGUUUCUAGGGCGCAUUUGUGUGCAUUCGAAAAGGAAGAAUGUGCCGGUGAAAGAUUGAGUUUGUUUGGUGGAAUGUUUGCCACUCAAGAUAUCUUGGAUAUUAUUAAUGAUGAUUUCCCACAAUUGAAGGGAAAGAUCCCUGUGGGGAGACCUGGAACAGGUAAAGAAUUAACGACUAAAGGUUUCCAAAUUAAUAACGAAAGAACCAAAAUAUUAUUGGGAUUUGAAUUUAUAGGUUUGAGACAAUCAGUUGAUGACAGUGUCCGUCAAAUAUUAGAAGUUGAAAGUAAAGCUUAG